AUGCCCGGCUCCGAAGCAGGUGUGCAGGCAAACGGACAGUUCUGCGGUACGACGACGACUUCUACCGCUACUGACCUGGUGACGCCUCCACGCCGUGCGGUUGUGCAUGCGCCCCCUCCGGCUGCGCCGGAAGCGUCUGGGCAGCAGAUGGUGAAGGCAGAGAAGCCGGAGGAGGUGGAGCUUCCUGGUGUGAAGCGGGAAGUUGACAGCCCGCCGUGCACGCCACCCCGCAAAGUGCCUGUGAGCUUGGCCAUGUUCCCCUUCAGGACGCCGCCACGCCUGCGACGCGGCUUUCAGCUCCGCGGCUACCUUCAGGUCCGCACAUGCGAUCUCCAGAUGCGUGAGCGCUUGCGGACGCUGCUGUGUCGUGGCUGGCCGAGUUCGAGUCCCAGCGAGGGCGCAACGCGCGAUUCCAUCUCCGAGCUUCUGGGCCUUUGCCCAUCCACGGGCAAGCCUGGCGCCGUGAAGGCCACCACCUACCUGGCCUGGGCACUGCCAGCCGACGGCCGACGGGCGGGGGCGCUCGUCGGAGCGGCGGUCCUGAGUGUCUACAGGUAUCGUGGCCGUAGGCGCUGUGGAUGCCUGGAGUUCAUCACCUCCCGGCGGAGCGGCGCUGGGGCUGCGUUGCUUCGGUUGGCCACCCGCUUCCUGCAGGCUCAGCAGAUCGACCGACUCUAUUCAGGUGUGGACCUCUCAAGGCCCAAUGCCUUCGAGGCUCAUCGGCGCUGGGGAUUUCGUGUCGUCGAGGAGCAGGAGUGGGCACACGCGGGCCUUGCAUUCUAUCGUCAAGGCGAUGUGAGGUAUAUGCUUCUGGAUCUGUCCGCAGACCCAGGCCAAGAAGCAGUUGGAGUGUAG